AUGGCAACACCGACUGCGGGAGGAGAAGUCGCAGGUAUUACAGCACGUUGGGCCGAUUUAGUGCUUGAAGAGGAAGAGGUCACGUUCGUGCCAGAACAACUGAGUGCAGGAGACCACCAACCGGAUGAGGUGGAGACAUGGGUGUUGAUUGGUCGUUUUCUGACGGAGAAGACGGUGAAAGUAGAGUUCAUGCGUCAAGUGCUUGCUUCGGUAUGGCAACCGGUCCGUGGGGUGCAGGUGACGGAGGUGCAACCUAAAUUAUUUAUGUUCGUCUUCUAUCACUAUACCGAUAUACAGUAUGUGUUGGAAGGGGGACCAUGGGCGUUUCAGAAUCAUACGCUAGUCUGUAAACAGCUUCCACCUGGGACGACCCCGACGGAGAUACCACUUGAUACGGUGGAAUUAUGGGUUCAGUGCUACGACUUGCCGUUUGGAUAUACCUCGGACAAAAUACUUGAGCAGAUUGGAAAUUUUUUGGGAGUGUUUGUCAAAUUGGAUGAUAGAUUUCUAGAUGCGCCAUGGCUAACCUAUUAUCGAAUACGUGUUGCAAUCCCAGUAGACAAGCCAGUUAAGCGCAGGAUGAGAAUGUUGAAGCGUGAUAAGACGUAUUGUUGGAUAAAUUUUAGGUAUGAGAGGUUACAUACUUUUUGCUUUUAUUGUGGAAUGAUGGGGCAUGCAUAUAGGUUUUGCCUUAAAGCCCGUAAUGCAACCAUACCGGUGGAGCAGUUUCCGUAUAGUGAUGACCUACGAGCUGGAGGGAUACGUGGCCCGAGGGAGAUUGGAGACCCGUGGUUAGUGCCUCUUGGGGGGAAACCGAAGGGAGAGAAAUUACCGCCUGUUGGGAGGGGGGAACAGUUUGUGAGGGACGGGCAGUUUGUGAAUGGGGAAGGGAAUUCGGGUGGAGUGAAAGUAGGGGAUGAUGCUAUGCAUGCAGUAACGAAGAGAAGGAGGGAGAUGGAUGGGGGGUGUAGGGGCCAUAGGGGGGAUGAGAGGGUGAUUGAGGGAGAGGAUAUAGCGAUGACUGAUGUCCAAAAAAACUUGCAGAUGGCGGGUGCUGCGGUGCAGACCCGCCCAACCCAAUGA